UUGUUAUAUUAAUCAUAAGUAUUAAUUUGAAGAACAAAGCUAAAUCAGAGAGAGAAUAUUGCAUGAUGCAACUCCAAGACACGCCAUCCGCUCUUGGAUUUCACAUGCCAGCUGAGUGGGAACCCCACUCGCAGUGUUGGAUGGGUUGGCCAGAACGCGCAGACAAUUGGCGUGACGGUGCUGUUCACGGUCAACGAGUAUUUGCCAGCGUGGCAUCUGCGAUCUCCAGAUUUGAGAGAGUAACCGUUUGUGCUAGUUCCGCUCAGUGGGAGAUUGCGCGGACCCAGCUACCAGAUCAUGUCAGAGUUCUCGAGAUCAGUGCUAACGAUUCGUGGUUUCGUGACAUUGGACCCACCUUUGUUGUGAGAAGAGAAACAUUGAAAUCUGAUGAUGCUGCGGAUAAAAUUGCGGGUAUUGACUGGAGUUUUAAUAGUUGGGGAGGUGUAGAAGAUGGAUGUUAUAGUGAUUGGAGUCUUGAUACCCAUGUAGCUAAGAAGAUUUUGGAAGUUGAGAGGAUUCCUAGAUUUUCACAUUCCAUGGUGCUUGAAGGCGGAAGCAUCCAUGUGGACGGAGAAGGAACAUGUCUUACCACCGAAGAGUGUCUGUUGAACAAGAAUAGGAAUCCUUAUUUGAGCAAGAACCAAAUCGAGGAUGAACUUAAGGCAUAUCUUCAAGUCAGGAAGGUUAUAUGGUUGCCUCGUGGAUUAUAUGGAGAUGAUGAUACAAAUGGUCAUAUUGAUAACAUGUGCUGUUUUGUGAGGCCUGGAGUGGUUCUGCUGUCUUGGACUGAUGAUGAAACUGAUCCUCAGUAUGAAAGAUCUGUAGAAGCAUAUUCUUUGCUUUCAAGUGUAACUGAUGCUAAAGGUAGAAAAUUGGAAGUCAUUAAACUCCAUGUUCCCAGUCCACUAUAUAUGACGGAGAAAGAGGCUGCUGGGGUUUUCCAGGCUGAUGAGGCCAAGCCAAGACUUCCCGGUACUAGGCUUGCUGCUUCCUAUGUGAACUUUUACAUAGCAAAUGGUGCUAUUAUUGCUCCACAAUUUGGAGAUAAAAAGUGGGAUGAUGAAGCUAUCCAAGUUCUGUCUAAGGCCUUCCCUCAGCAUGAAGUUGUGGCAAUUGAAGAUUCCAGGGAGAUUGUUUUGUCAGGUGGAAAUAUACAUUGCAUUACUCAGCAACAACCAGCCAUUUAGAUAUACUCUCUCAACAUACGUUGAUAUUUGCUGUAUUGGAUAAUAAUCCCUUUCGAGCAGGGAUGCAUUGAAGUGUCUGCAAAUAGAUGAAAAACCAUUGAAAAUAAAACAUAAUUUAUGUUUUAAAUUAUGAAAACGCGGUUUAUUCUGAUGAUUGAUUGAAUAGUGUGUAAAUACUAAAUAUUGAAGCCCAGCUAGUUUAUCUUUUCUUUUCGGGUCAACUGAAUACUAUCAUUUCCAUUUGUCAGACCGAGUCUACCAUUGCCGGAUCCCGAACUUUGUAAAACUACCUCACGUUUUCUGUUCAAUGAACUCCCAGUCAAUUUUCAGAUUGUA